AUGAUUGAAGCGAGUGCUUUGCAAGACACUGGUGAUGAAACAGCGGGAGCUCUUCCCUUACCGGAGGCUUCCUGCUCGAAGCUUCAUAUGAUACGAAUUCGUGAACUUAAAAAGGAAAUUAUAUGCCUCCAUCAGUCUAUUGAGGUUGAAAGAUUAUUGCGCGAGAGCGGCCUCCUGAAAAUAGAGCGGAAGUGUGACAAAUACGAUGCUUUACUGGAAUAUGUGGACUUAUGUAUCACCGAAAAAGAAGGUGAAAUUAAAAACAUCGAAAAGGCACUCAAGAGACAAGAUGAAUUGUUUCAAAAUGAGCUCAUGCAACACAAUGUGAUUUUGGCGAAGAUACAGAAGGAAAUAAACCUAACUAAAGACCAGUAUAAUAAUAAGAAAUCGGGACUUGUUAAGAAGCUCUCAGAAAUGCAACACAUUCAGCAGAGUCGCAGUGAACUCAUGUCGAAGUAUGAAAUUAUCAAACGGACGAUCGAUGACAAACUAGUGGAACAUAACAAGUAUUGUCUUGAGAGAAACUUACAACAUACAAUUGAAAAAAAUUGUCUGCAGGAGGAAGUGAAGACUCGCAUUGCACAGAUGGCCGAAGAAUUCCGCAUUGCAGCGAAACAGCGUGAAAAACACUGCCAAAUCAAAACCCUGUAUGCCAACGGUGUACUUUUCCAGCGGUGGUAUAAACUUGCGAGAAAAUUGCAAAACGCGCAAGGGAAAAACCAAUUCCUAAGAUUAGCAACCAAAAAGCUGCGCAUAGAAAUCGACCUAUCAGAGAGCAUCAAAGUUCAAAUGCAGAAGAAAUUGAUGAAACGGCUAAAAGCAUUGUUAGUCCAACUGAAGAAAUGCAAAAUUCAAGAAGAAGCUUACCAAGACUCCCAAGGAAGUUUAAGCACGGAAAUUGGUGACGUUAAAACGGUGGAUUUGAAGCCAGUUUCGAGAACCAUGGAGAUGAGGGAACGAAGACAAACUCUUUUCACUAGAAUGUGCGCUGAAAAGGCCGAACUUCAAGAAGCUAAGAUGUUGAGCGAACAGCUGAACCAAACACUCUAUUCUGAAUAUGAUCAACUAAAGCGGUUGACUUUGGCGAGGGAGAAAAUGACAUCUUUAUUGACGGAGAUGAUGAAGGCACUCGCACAGGCGAAAGAGUUAUUUGAAUCUAACAAGGCUAUUGCCGAUUCAGAAGGAAGCAUUCGGAAGCAACGACUAUUAGCUGUAUUUUUCGCCCUUCUCUACAUGACCAACCGACUUUGCGGGUCAGUGACACCCAACAAACUCGGAAUAGCCAGAGUAUCGAGACAAAUGUUUGUAACUCAUUUUUCUUCCGAUUCCGGCGUGUCGUUGGCGAAGAGAAGGAGCGAACGACCGUCACGGCCACUUCAGUUGGGAUCCGGUAUAUCGAACGUGAACACGUCUGGGAAUGAAACUAGGUCGCUUAUUGGUCAGUUGUCAAAGAACUCCCAGAGACUGAUAGGCAAACACUUGGGGCUUUCAACAUCAUCCGUUGGUGUCCAAGCCACACCAGCAUGGUUACGGCGAACAAUGAACGCACUGGAGGAAAUUCUGGGGGAACCGGAAGCAUGUGCUUCGGAAAAAUUGACAUCGAGUAAACGACGGCCUUGGUUAGAGAUCGACUGUAACAUUUGUGGACAGUUGUUCAGUGUACCGGAAACCUAAUCUCGGACAUCAGUGCACUUGGAUUUUUCGGACCUGAGAUAAAGAACAAUUUCUAUCUGUGUCAGUAAGACUUUUAUUAACCUCUUCAAAGGUAUUUUCCUACGUUUAUCAGUCAGUCUCAUUUUCAGACAUGUUCUACUUUCAAGCGGUUUGAAAAGACUACUUCAGUGCUCACAGACUUCCGAUUUUCUUUCUACUCCCUAAGGAUAUGAAGAAACAUCGAGUAAAGCCUGU